AUCACAAGUGAGUUCUUCAUGAUAGUAGUAUAGCAAAACCUUUGCUUGAAUUAAUUUUGAAGUUUCGAAGCGCGAAUGUCAAAUUGUGUUGACUGCUGUAAAAAGUUGGGUUAUGUUAAGUAUUCAGUUAGCAGUAGACUUUCUCCCGCAUUUCGAUGGAGACUCCAGUUUUAACAAAAAAUCAACAGAAGCGCACUUUAGCUGGAAAGAAGAAACCACGUGAGAAGUGCCUCCGUAAUGUGUUGAUGAAACCCAAGAUAUUUACGAAUUUGGUGGCCGAUGAAGCUGUUGCUGAAAACAUUUUCAAAACCUUGGAAAGCACAAUUAAUGAAAGUGAAGAACAAAUAACAUCUGAUGUCAAAACCAGUAAACGUGAUAAUCCCAAGAGAAAAACAGAAAAAAACAAAAGGCAAAGAGUGCUCAAAGAGAAAGGACUGAGGAAAUAUUUAUGUCUGGGUGUGAAUGAGGUUGCACGUGCUGUUGAGGGUGGGCACAUUCUAUCAGUGCUACUUGAGAAGGAUGUUGAUCCACAGUUUAUGGUAUCACAUAUAGGAACUUUGUGUGCAGUUCACAAUAUUCCAUGCAUUGUUGUGUCAGGCCUGAGAAAUGGGACAAGCAGAGCAUUUGGAUUUCCAUGCAUAUGUAUUGGAGUGAAGGUUGUCAAUAGCAAUGAGGAAAAUGCCUUUGCAGCUAUGCAUCAGUGUAUCUUAGAGGUCUUCCAUGCCCUUUCUUUCAGUAAGUCACCUACUGAAUUACAGGCUGUCUCGCCAGUUUCUGUAGAAACAACACAACUAUCGGAAGAGUUAGAAAAUGUCGAAGCUUCAGCAAAACUUGAAGCUGAAAAUAAAAAUGUAGAUGAUGAUAAAUCAUUUACAGCCUUGUAUAGGUACAGAACUAGUACUAAGGAAAGAGUGUUUGUACCACAAGGACAUAAGCAAACAACAGAUGAAUUUAUUUCCAUUGGAUCCACAGAAGAAAAUAUCACUUCUCUGCAAAGUUUGAAAGGAAUUUCAGUAAAUUUUUCAUCCUUGGAUAGAAUGAAUUUGAAAAGGAAGAAUAAAUCAGAGACUCAGUCAGGAAUCAAUGACUUUGGUGUGGAGUACAGAUUGCAUGAAAUAAAACGGAUACGACCAAAUCCAGAUAAAAAGAAGAAACUGAAAGUAAAAAAAAUAAAAACAGUAAACUAAUAAACUA